AUGUUAAGGUCUUUAAGAUUAUCUCGAGGUGACCAGGCGCGAAGCAAUAGUCACUUAAGUCCUCGGAAAACAAGUGGUCCCCUCCAAACGACACUUGUAAUAAGGACGGAACAUGUCUGGAACAAACCUCACAUUAAGUGCCCCGGCUGUUGUCUCACAUCAAGUACCCGGCUGUCGUCUCACGUCAAGCGCCCGGCUGUUGUCUCGCAUCAAGUACCCGGCUGUUGUCUCGCGUCAAGCGCCCGGCUGUUGUCUCACAUCGAGUACCCGGCUGUUGUCUCGCUUCAAGCGCCCGGCUGUUGUCUCGCAUCAAGUACCCGGCUGUUGUCUCGCGUCAAGCGCCCGGCUGUUGUCUCGCAUCAAGUACCCGGCUGUUGUCUCACAUCGAGUACCCGUCUGUUGUCUCGCUUCAAGCGCCCGGCUGUUGUCUCACAUCGAGUACCCGGCUGUUGUCUCACAUCGAGUACCCGGCUGUUGUCUCGCAUCAAGUACCCGGCUGUUGUCUCGCGUCAAGCGCCCGGCUGUUGUCUCGCAUCAAGUACCCGGCUGUUGUCUCACAUCAAGUACCCGGCUGUUGUCUCACAUCGAGUACCCGGCUGUUGUCUCACAUCGAGUACCCGGCUGUUGUCUCACAUCAAGUUCCCGGCUGUUGUCUCGCUUCAAGCGCCCGGCUGUUGUCUCAUAAUAAUUACCAGGCUGUUGUCUCGCAUCAAGUGCCCGGCUGUUGUCUCACAUCAAGUGCCCGGCUGUUGUCUCGCAUCAAGUACCCGGCUGUUGUCUCACAUCAAGUGCCCAGCUGUUGUCUCGCAUCAAGUACCCGGCUGUUGUCUCACAUCAAAUGCCCGGCUGUUGUCUUACAUCAAGUGCCCGGCUGUUGUCUCGCAUCAAGUACCCGGCUGUUGUCUCGCGUCAAGCGCACGGCUGUUGUCUCACAUCAAGUACCCGGCUGUUGUCUCGCAUCAAGUGCCCGGCUGUUGUCUCGCAUCAAGUACCCGGCUGUUGUCUCCCGUCAAGCGCCCGGCUGUUGUCUCACAUCGAGUACCCGGCUGUUGUCUCGCUUCAAGCGCCCGGCUGUUGUCUCACAAUAAUUACCAGGCUGUUGUCUCGCAUCAAGUACCCGGCUGUUGUCUCACAUCAAGUGCCCGGCUGUUGUCUCGCAUCAAGUACCCGGCUGUUGUCUCACAUCAAGUGCCCAGCUGUUGUCUCGCAUCAAGUACCCGGCUGUUGUCUUACAUCAAGUGCCCGGCUGUUGUCUCACAUCAAGUGCCCGGCUGUUGUCUCGCAGUCUCGCUUUUGUAUGACAAACUUACACAGGCUUGA